CAUAUUUACUGAGAAAUUUUGGUCGUUUCUACUGUAAAAUAACAGGUAAAGCCCGAGGCCGAUGUUGUUUUAGUCGACUUUUGAUGACGUUAUUAUGAGUCUUCGCAUUACCGCGCGCAAAUACAAAGCGACACAUGAACAUUGGCCGGUUUAAUUUAAGUAAACCGAUGAGCCCGUGAAUUAAGUGAUGGAGUACGGAAAGGAGCGCGUGGUGGCGUUAGUAGACAUGGACUGUUUUUACGUGCAGGUGGAACAGAGGCUGAAUCCAGCUCUGAAGAACACUUCCUGUGUUGUGGCCCAGUACAAGACAUGGAAAGGAGGAGGUAUCAUAGCUGUAAGCUACGAGGCCAGGGCCCAAGGUGUCACCAAGAACAUGUGGGUGGACGAUGCAAAGAUACUGAGUCCAGAUCUGCAGGUGGCUCGAGUGCGUGAGUCUCAUGGCAAGGCUGACCUGACACCUUACAGGGAGGCGAGUGUGCAGGUGAUUGAGGUGAUGUCUCGCUUCGCUGUGAUCGAAAGAGCCAGCAUUGAUGAGGCCUACAUGGAUCUGACGGAUGUGGUCCAGCAGCGGCUGAAAAACAUGACCAACAAACAAGUUGAGCCUGACCAACUGAGGGCAACCUACAUCCAGGGAUACCCACAAAGUGUACCUGAACAUGAAGAAUCUGCAGAGGACACUGCCUUGGAUAAAGAGGAGCAGAGGUCCAGGGGUCUGCAGCAGUGGCUGGCGUCCUUACCUGUCCCUCUAUCAGGGCAACACAUCCCUGCAGACCUGCAGCUCACUGUUGGGGCGAUCAUUGUCGAGGAAGUGAGGGCAGCCAUAGAGAAAGACACAGGUUUCCGCUGUUCAGCAGGGAUAUCCCAUAAUAAGGUAUUGUCCAAACUGGCUUGUGGUCUGAACAAACCCAACCGACAAACGGUUCUGCCUUUGGACUCUGUGACAGAGCUUUUCAACUCUCUACCCAUCGGCAAGAUCCGUAACCUGGGGGGUAAGCUGGGUGCAUCCAUUUCAGAAACUCUGGGGAUAAAGAACAUGGGAGAGUUGACCCGCUUCUCUCAGGCUCAACUGGGGCAGCACUUUGGAGAAAAGACAGGCCAUUGGCUCUUUGACAUGUGUCGGGGGAUUGAGUUUGAAGCAGUGAAACCCAGACAUCUUCCUAUGUCUAUUGGUUGCAGUAAAAACUUCCAGGGGAAGUCAUCGCUGGCUACAAAAGAGCAGGUACAGUAUUGGCUUCAUCAGCUGGCCCUUGAGCUGGAGGAAAGGCUUACCAAGGACAGAGAAGUGAAUGGUCGGGUCGCCAAACUAUUGACGGUUGGUGUACGCCAGCUCGGGGAAAAGAGGGCAAGCAGUUUCUCUCGCUGCUGUGCUUUAGUGCGCUACGAAGCGACCAAAAUAUCUGGUGACAGCUUAGCCAUUAUCAAGAGUCUGAACACAGCUGGAAACCACCAGGCAGCAUGGACUCCACCCCUCACCCUGCUACACAUCUCAGCUAGCAAAUUUAGCGACGCUCCAUCGGCAGGGGGCAUUGCAGGCUUUCUUUCCACUGAUGUGUCUUCAAGCCAGAGUCUUUUCCCCACCUCUCAGCUCUCAACCCAGACACCCUCUGAACUGAAAACUGACUCCUCAGACAAACAAUCCUCCACCAUCCAUUCCCUUUUCAAAAAGGCAGCUGAGAAACAAAGACUGAAAGUUUCAAAAGAUGAAGCCGAGGAGGUCGAGGAUAAAGACUCCACAGGGAUUCUCCCAUCUUCCUCCUCUAACAAAACUGCUGAUAGUCAGUUGGCUGAUACCAAUUGUCCUGUUCCCUCUGUGGUUUCUCACCCUAAAAAUGAUUCAGCCAGCUCCAAUUCUGGAAUUUCCUCUUUCUUCCACAAGAAGAGACUUGAAAGGGACUCAGCCUUAACUUUUAACACGCCUGAAACAGGACACAAGCCUGGACCUGACAAUACAAAUGCCUCAGAAGACACUGUUGUUGCUGUGUCAGACCUUGAGGCAAAACAUAGCUCCUCUCAGCAGUCACCAUGUGAAGAGUUACGGGAUGAAACAGACUUUGAACCAGAAGCUAACCCUCCUCCUUUCAGCGUGGCAAAAGAGGACUUGAUGAACUGUGAUCGCUGUGGCCAGGAAGUGUCCGUCUGGGAAAUGCCUGAACACAACGACUAUCACUUCGCCCUGGACCUCCAGAAGUCCCUCUCUUCAUCAGCACCCAGCUCUUCCUCCACUGUCUCCCCUUCCUCCAAUGCCUCCUUGACUCCUCACAGAGCCCAGUCCACACGUGGCAAGACAAAAACCAGAGGCCUGUCGGGACCACAACCCAAAAGGCAUCGCUCUCAAGGUGGAAGUGCGGGCACUCUGGAUUCUUUUUUCAAGAAGACCUAAGGAUGUGAUGUCGAGCAGCAUUUUUUUUUUAAGUAAAUAAAAACACAAACUUAAAUGUACAAAGAAAGUCCAAAGAACUGAAUGCCAUUUUGUAAAAGGAUACAGUACCUGUUUAAAGAUGUGCCUUAUAUUGUAGAGAGUAUAAAUGAGAAUAAGUGUUUACUUGUGCACUUUGUGUCACAUGUGCUUUUUUAUUCUAAAUAAAGAAAGGCAAUACUUUUUUUAAACAUGCUUAUUAAAGUUUUCUUUUUUAAAUGCUGUAGUUGUACACCUUGUGUUGUAGUAUUCUGGUGUGCCAGCAGAGGCCACUAAUCAGUUGUAUAUAGAGCAGGAAUCCUCAAAAGACAUCAAUACUGAGUUUUCUUGUGAGCUCAAGGAUACAGGAAAUGUUUGUUUGAAUUACACGAUUGCCAGUAGCAUGGGUCCAAUUGCACCAUUAUGAUCUGUCAUCCUGUUUUGUUUACACUUUCCUCCCAUGAGGAACCCUGUUCAGGGCGUUAAAAGACAGCUGAAUGAGGAAUUGACUCUUGCGUUGUCUUGCAUCAGCUGACGCAUUAGCAGUGCCUGUUAAAUGGAAUAACCUUUCAAACUCAGUUUUAUGUAGUGAGUCAUGACUUUGUCACAGGCCAGUAGAUGAAAUGCUGGGUGUAUGAUGACACGGUUGAAAACACUGAGCAAUUUAGUUGUGUACUAAAAACAUAACAAAGGUAAAAGCACCUGGUAUAGACAAUACAACUUUUAUUCAUGUACAUCAUGAACACAAACUGGAUCUGUACAUAAAUAUUGCAUUUCACCCAAAUAAUGAUCAAAAUGUACACUUUAUUUCGAUUUAAGGGAGGGCUCUAAAACUAGUUUCAGAAAAGUGAAGAUGUGUUUGGAAGGCUGUGAAAACAGUGAAAAACGUGAUUGAAUAUAUAUUGUAAAAUCUGGAACUACUAGAAAUCUAUAAAAUACUCAAGUUGCAUAUAAACAAACUAACACCUGAUACCCUUUAUAAAGGCUAUACAUAUAAUUUGUCUGAGUGCACACAAAUUAAGCAUAACAAUAAAGUGUGUGCAAUUAAACAGGGCACACAUUUCGCCUCUAUCAUGGCUGUCAAUGGGACAGCAGGUUAUGCUACAGUCGAAACAACAUGCUAUAAUAAGACAUAAGGCCAACAGCAGCCUCGAACAAAGGGUAGCAACUAACAUUCAUCUUCAAAGUCUUCUUCUACACAUCAAAAGCUGUUUUGAGGAAUCUAGCACCAACUUAAGAUUGUUUUACUAAGUUGUAAAACUUUGGGGUGUAAUGGCAGACUACUCAAAGAGUAGUUCCAUUAGGCACUGUGUAACAUCCCAAAGUGAGUGACAUCAGUAACUGAAGUGAAGAGACAACGUCAAGUACCUUUAAAUGCUUUAAAACAAAGCUACAUCAGUAGGCAGCUUUACAUAAUAUAAAAUCCAUAACCAAACAUCUCUUUGGAAAAAAACACCCUUUCAUUUAUCUUCCUUCUCACCAAGCCAGCAACAGAAAGCUCCUCGGAGUCGUUCUGUGAGUGGAAUGCUGUCUUAUACCUUAUCUAAACUGACCUGAGUAACUAAAGCACUUAAAGACAGGCAGCAAGAGACUGUCCCACUGCACUAUCGUGAGGUGAGGCAUAAUCCGUGAUAGAAAAAAUACAUAACUAUCUGAACAUAUGUGACAUAACAAACCACUUGCAAAGUGAGUGCCAAUGUGAAUUAUCUUGGCAGGCUGACACAAAAUCAGUCAGGUUCUUACUCCGCAUACCUCAAAUGCAGCCCUUUACCUACAUGAAGUUUCCUUUAGUCAGCACUAGUAAAGCUUGUAGCAAGAUGGUUUAGCUUAUAUAAAAGUGACCAGCUGUGUCUGAGAAAGUAUCUCUUUUAUCUACUAUUAUCCCACAUAAAUAAGCAGAGGUAAGAACAUCUUUAUCAGUCAGGCACUAUGUGGGGUGAUGAAACAGGUAACACAUUAAUGCGCAUCUCAUACUUGCAACUGUUUGUAAACAAUUAUCUGCCAAAGGUAUAUCGAAACUGGCAUUUAUGUUUCAGUGCGAGUUUGUGAGGAUCUUUUUAAAAGCACGUGUUCGGAGUGCAUUAAGGUGUAAACUGUGUAAACAGCACUUCAACGCUGUGUGAAAGCACAUUCCUAGCUGCCACUAGCAACUAUGUGUUCUUUACACUCAACAUCAUGUUGGUUGAUGGAUGGUGGACGUGUCCUUCACAAUGUGACAGAGGUGGCUGAGGGGUUUCCUCUUAUCAGUGCCAAGAAAAACAAAGAUAAGCUGUUGUUAAAAAAAAAAGGCUGAAGGAGACAAAUGAGGCGGUGGA